UUACCCUGGAGAACGCGUCGGAUCUCCGGGUCAGGUAGCACACGCGCUAAAUCUAGAGAUUCCAGUUGGGAUCAAGUUGGCAGCCAGAUCCUUAUACUUUGCCCCCGAGGAGCAGCUCUUAUCAGCAGCGGUGACAGACCUGUGGUUUGGAAAAGGACGGAUGGCUUUGAGCCCAGGUUGGAGGACACUGGCACUGUUUCCCGUGAACCACUGUGGUGGCUUUCGGAAGGCCGUGGGAAGCAGCGGUCUUUCCUUGUUUCCCUGGGGCCACUGUCCCUGGAGAGGGAAUGGGAGCUUUCUGGACCCUGAGAUGAAAGCCUUCUUGGAGGAGAACACUGAAGUCACCAGCAGUGGCAGCCUCACCCCUGAAAUCCGGUUGCGGCUUUUGACCCCCAGAUGCAAGUUUUGGUGGGAAAGAGCUGACCUGUGGCCCCACAGCGAUCCUUACUGGGCGAUCUACUGGCCAGGAGGCCAAGCCCUGUCUAGGUAUCUUUUGGAUAAUCCUGAUGUUGUCAGAGGAAAAUCUGUGUUGGAUCUCGGGAGUGGAUGCGGAGCUACGGCUAUCGCUGCUAAGAUGAGUGGGGCAUCGAGGAUCUUGGCCAACGACAUAGACCCUAUUGCAGGAAUGGCUAUCACACUAAAUUGUGAAUUGAACCAACUGAAACCUUUUCCCAUUUUAACCAAAAAUAUUUUGGAUUUGGAACAAGAUAAGUGGGACCUUGUUGUGCUUGGAGAUAUGUUUUAUGAUGAAGACCUUGCAGAUAGUCUUCAUCAAUGGCUGAAGGAUUGCUUUUGGACUCACAAAACUCAAGUACUGAUUGGUGACCCUGGCCGGCCCCAGUUCAGAGGACACAGCAUUCAGCAUCAGCUGCACAAAGUGGUAGAAUAUUCACUUCCAGAACCUACUAGGCAGGAAAACAAUGGACUGACAACAAGCGCAGUGUGGGAUUUCCAGCCUUGAACUGUUAAAAUGCUUCCAAGUAUGGAUAGACCUAUGUUUGGGUUCAACCCUCGAAGACUCUCCAGUUUGAAGAAUGCAGUUCCUGUGAAAUGACAAAUCUUGUUUUCAAAAUAUGAAGAUUUAGACUUUUGUCAUGUAACUAGUUCUGUAUUAUGCCAAAUAUACAAUUCUUUAU